AUGGCUUCCAAGAAAAAGGAGUCGACUCACCAGGGCGGCAAAACCAAACUGGACUCUCCUUCUGAUCCUCAACCACCCAAGUCCAAGAAGGCCAAAACAAACACUUCUGAUGGUCCUUCCAAGAGAAAGGCAAAUAUAGAGUCUUCCACCAUUGUUACUGAAAGCUCUACUCGCCAAAGAGGCAAAGCCAAAGUGGAUACUAAUUCUGAUCCCAAGAAGGCCAAAACAAUUACUACUUCUGAUGCUGGCUCCAAUCGCCGUGGCAAAGAAAUACUCAAGUCGCCUCUUGCUGUGACUGAAAAACCCAACUUCAAGAAACCCAAAACACCACCAAAGAAAAUGGCAAAUGUUGUGCAGUCGUCUUCCUCUACCGUCGUGACCUGCAGUGGGAAACGCAAAGCCAAAGUGGAUUCUAACGUGCCUUCUAAUUCUGAUUCGAACAAGGCCAAAGAAUUAGUGAAGUCGCCUCUUGCUGUUUCUCAAAAACCCAAGAAAUCCAAAACACCGCCAAAGAAAAUGGCAAAUGUGGAGUCUUCUUCCUCUGGCGUCGUGACUCACAGUGCGAAAAAAGGCAAAGCCAAAUUGGAGUCCAAGAAAAUGGAAAAUGUGCAGAACAAAGGAAAAGCUAAGGAGGAAGACAGUAUUAGUUCCAAGCAACCCAAAUUAACCAUCUCUGAAGAGAAGGCAAAUGUGCAGAUUUCCAGUGUUGUCACCCGCAGGGGCAAAGCGAAAAUGGGUUCUGACCCAGAACCGCCAAAAUCCAAGAAAGCUAAAGGUACAACUGCUACUGCUAGCUCAACUCUCCGGGGCAAGGCGAAAAUCCAAGAAGGCUAA